AUGGCAUUCGGUUUCAUCGACCACCCCCGCGUUAAUGAAAUCCGGUCCCAGGCCCUCAGCCAUCUCGUACCUUCCCCAGAAGCUCGGAAGCCCAUAAGUCUACAAAGCAUACUCCCUUCACUUGCCCUACUCUGGAUCCUCGCGUACCUCGUACGGAAGCCAAACACUUAUUUGUUGAGGCUGGCUAUCUUCCCACUUGCGUUUGCUUCGUGUCUGCGAUUAGCCUUUGGGUGCAAAUUACCUGGUCCAGACCAGAACGGAAAGAAUCUCGGUUGGACCCUUGUUUGGCUUCCCGCUGCCGUAAGAACCAUCGACUUAGGUUUGUACAAUCGCAAGGGUCAACUCAGAGUGGGCGAAUUAGAGCCUGGAAAGCUCAAGGUGCCUGCCAGUGGCCGUAAAUCUGGCGGUUUUGACUCUUCCGUUAGUGGAAACAGUCAUACCAACGUUCAAGCUGAACAAAACUAUUCAAACUCGCUUUGGGGUAUCCUGAUAGAAGGACUGGAUACACUUGUCGCUAUGCGUGGUAUUGGGUGGGAAUUCGGAACUGGAGAAGGCAUUUAUUUGAAGCCAGAUGAUCGAGACACUGGGCAUAAGACAACAUGGUGGCUGCAAACGGUCUGGAAAUUACUCAAGUGCUUCAUCGUCAUGGAUUUUGUGGUGUCUUGCUUCAAACUUCUUCCCGGCUUCGAAAAACCAGUUGGGGCAACCAUCUUUGCCUACGGAAGAAAUGUGGUUGAGAAGUAUAUCAUCUCUUCCCUCCUCUCCUUCAUGACGGGGCUCAUCAUCAUUACGAGCAUCUCCAUAGUGUAUCACCUGAGUUCAUUGGUGUUCGUUGGACUCCUCAACCAGAGCCCUGCCUCCUGGCCCCCCCUCUUUGAUCGCCCUUUGUCGAGGACUUCCCUGCACGAUUUCUGGUCCAAGGGAUGGCAUCAACUCCUUCGCAGAACCUUCAUUGUCAUGUUGGGCCGUCCCCUUCAGUCUCUCUUCGGCUUUGGCGGUUUAGUCGUUGGUUCAUUCACCGCUUCAGGGCUAUAUCAUUCCUGGGCGCUGUACGCCCUCGGAGGGGGACCGGAUUACCAAGCCUUGAUUUUUUUUUCAUCGCAGCCUGUAGGAUUCUUGCUCGAGCGAUUGUUUAGGCGUAUCGUUGGGAAAAGAAUAGGUGGGUGGUUUGGAAUGAUUUGGGUGUAUCUUUGGAUAGUAGUUGGAGGGCAAUGGUGCAUGAAUACUUGGCACUCCCGCGGGUUAAUGUCGGGCGUGAUAAUACCACUUAGCAUCAGCCCUGCACGGCAAAUCUUAUUGCCCAACUUAGCGCCACUGACACCCUAUAUUCGGCCAUUUUUCUACGCCAAUUCAGCCCAAGGUAAGGGAUAUUUGGCAUAUAUCUCCAUCAACUUUCAGCAUCACUAUCGCAGGUACCGGGCCACUGCCACUUUGAGUGGGGCUACGCUCUCAAGCUUAAUCAAGACGGACACUUGUGUUCCGAGCUGGAUUUUAUUUCCCGUCCUUUCCACAAACCACACCCCAGCUCGGCAGUGA